AUGGUAGACAAUUACAAAGAAUGGCACAAUAAGUUACGAUUUGCUUUACUCAGGUAUCGCACCACAGUUUGUACAUCAACUGGAGCAACUCCUUAUCUACUGGUUUAUGGUACAGAACUCGUUAUUCCCCGAAGUGGAAAUCCCUUCCUUAAGAAUCAUACAAGAAGCCGAGCUCAGCUAUGCGGAAUGGCAAAAGAUUUCAACAAAAAGGUCAGGUCGAGGCAAUUCUCGCCGGGGCAGUUGGUACUAAAGGGAAUCUUCCCACGUCAGAACAAAGCAAAGGGGAAAUUCUCACCCAACUGGCAGGGCCCUUACAUGGUUCACCGGGUAAUAACAGGAGGAACACUUAUACUUGCAGAAAUAGAUGGAGAGAGUUGGCCAAAACCUAUCAAUUCGGACGACUAUGUUUAA